UCUGAAACUAUUCGAGAUAUACCGAGAUGAGGGAUAUAUCGAGAUAUAAGAGACGAGAGUAAAGAUAGGUGUAUAAAGGCGAAUAAAAACUUGAGAAACGAGGAAACCGCAGAUUACACGUGAUACAUGACUUGUAAUUAAUAUUAAUAAUUGUAAUACGUGAUACAUUACAUGUAAUGCGUGCAGUGCGAAUAUGUAUGUAUGUUAUGCAGUGCGCAUGCCACAAAGAAUAUACUCGCGACGUAGCGUAUAAUAUGUACAGGAUGUAUACUGUGUAGAAUAUACAGUCAGGGUAUAGAAGACGGGUUGGAGGGUUCUCGUAGAAAGCCAGUCCAAGUGGUACGUGGCCUCACGGCAUUCGUCCGUUGCUGCUUCACAUGUUACAAGGGGGUAUUAUAGCUAUAAUAAAAGAAACAUAGGUGAAGCGAACCGCACUUCAGAAGUAUACAUUGGUAGCUUUGAGAAGUAGGAUGACAAUUAUGAUAAAUGGUUGCGUGACGGAUAACACAAAAUUCGUGCAAGUCCAGUGCCAUUCAAACCGUACGAAUCUGCAUGCUCAGGCCAAAAGUCCGGGACGCGUUAAAUAAUCAAGCCUGACAUUUUGACCUACGUUUGUGUCACUGUCCUGAGAAAGAUGGCUUUGGACCAGCGUUUUUUAUGUUUUGUAAUCGUAACGGUAUAUUGCACUACGUCAGCAGGGUCCUACCUAGAGUAGGUAUAGGAUUAGAGCCUUUUUUCUUUGAAAACAAGCUUCCUUUCUGCUGUGCUAUGUUACGGCUUGAAGAAUUUAUUACUCGAAAGUAGGACCCUGGUCCGUGCACUUCGAAUAGUUUUACGGUACUUUACAAGUGUACACUGUGAAAUGUUCUAUUCUCUUUCAACUGAAUUCCACAGAAAGAUACCCUUUUUUUAUAGUAAAAUGAUCAUAUGAGAAAGCUAACGAAAAUAAAGGACUGAACAAUUCGCACGUAACUGGAUGCUCUGAUCGUCGAGCCGCCAAUUGUUUACAGAGCCUUAAAAUAAUAUCUAACGUCUCGAAUAAUAGUGUUACUGUUCUCGAGCGAUGACGCAGCGAUGAUAAAUCGAAGGGCUGUAUACUGCAGCAGCCAGUCGGCUGACGCUAUCUAAGCGCUACCCUCUCUCGGCAGCGGGGCUGAAACUAUCGUGUCUACGAACAAAAAGUCUGUCAAAAUUAUAAGACUUCCACACCAAGGUAAAUGUGACCACAGAUUCGUCAAUGCAACUCGAUAAGUGCAACGCAGAGAUUGGCUUGCGUAAUCGCGCAUCGUCAUAAAUUAUGAAUUCGUUAUCAUAUCUAUAACGCAGCAGUGAGUUGAGCAGCAUUGCCCAUUUAUGCGUUUUACGUUGUUGUGCGAUACGCGGGUUACGUGCCUCCGCCGAUCUCAACGUCAGAGCCGGCAUUUACAUUCAGUUGAUACAUUCGCUAUAGAAUAUUGAUAUUAAGAACGAAGUCGUGCAAGCACGUUCUUGCUUUAUCUAUCUCGACCUUUGACCACCACGUGGCGCGCUGUUCGCGAACGCGCCAACACUCGCGUGUCAAGCGUUGCGCUUCUCGCAUCGGUUUUCUUCCGCGUGCUCGAAUUUUCUACUUUUUCAACAAAUAACAAUGCCUUUCAAUGCGUCUGUGUACUCUGCAAUAAUCUUUCUUAGUAUAGAUAGGUUUUCUUAUGUUUUUGUGAAGCAUCUUCGAAAAGAAAGUGUAGGACGCUUCUACAUUGGAUUCGCUUGUGCAUAAAACGCCUUGUCUUCUCAGUGAAGUAAAAAUGAAAAAGUGUAAGACCGACGCAAAAGGGAUUGGUGCUAAGAGUGUGCAGUAAGGGUGCGCUGUGAGCAAACAUAUCGUCAGAGCAAAACGUGUCGCGUCCAGUCUUACUACUAGUCGAACGCGUCACGUCUCGUGCAUGAAGGAUAAAUCGCCAAUCAAUCAAUCGUCAAGCAUCGUCUUCUCUUUUUGAGAGUGUGCACUGGAUAUAUCGUUCUUUUUUCUAACGUGACACGAUUCGCGUUCGUAUUGUUUAAAUUGCUAGUGAUGGAUCUAAACGAAGACAACGAUAAGACAGUAAAUGUGUUAGCAACGACAGCGUGUAUUCCUAAAAAAGAAAUUUGUUCCGGUGAAUUUAUCGAGUAUUAACUGUUGAGCGCGAGGAUAAAAAGAUCGGAUGUAGGAGAGGCUGCGUGGAAUGUGUGCGGUAGAUACCGAUAAACGGAAGAGGCCUAUACCUACCGAAGAUGAACGACGUCAGUCCGAACGAUCGAAAUUUGCGCGUGGCCCAAAGUGUUAAGAUACGAAGCAGACAGAAGAACUCAAGAGGAAAAGAUAAAGGAAGAACGACGAAAUCGCAGGACCCAACCUGGACACCUCCGUACUAUCUUUUGCGAAAGUGGCAGGAAUCGAUGGCUGAGUAUUCUGGGACAGUAGCUUCCAAAGAAACUUCACACAAGGCAUGCAAGGAGAAAGACACGCAGAGCCGAAACGAUAGAAAGUCCGUCUUAAAAUACACAGAACAACAGGCGAUGUCACGUGUUUUCACAAGGAUCCUUUCUCCUGCCGUUAUCAUAACGCGAGAUAAACUACCCAAGAGCGAAUCCAGCAAUUCCAGAACUGCAAGACAGUUUUUUGUCUGCAAAGCUAAGACCGGCGCUUUGAUGAAAGGGGCUGCCUCUGAGGAGACUAUCUCGAGACGCAGGGAUGUCAAAGAUAUUGAGAGAAUCGAGUCUGAAGGAAGAUUCCUUAAAGAAAGGAUGUCAGCGAAAGACGAAGUAAAUGAAAGCAGUAUACAGAGAGAUGUGGUUCGAUACGAAGGAGCGAGAAAGCAUAAGAGAGAUGAGGAGAAGAAGAGAAAGACGACUGUCGCCAUUGGAGGAUCCGAAUGUGCAAACAGCACUUUCGCAAAAGAUAUUUUCCGUAUCGACUCUGCCGCUUCGAUUAGUGCAACAUCCGAUAAUCCUGUUCAGGAUGAGGCGGUGCCUUUUAGAUCGUACGAUAAAAAGGACGCCGAGUGCGACGAUGAUACAUUGAAAGUCGAGGACGCCCGUGACUGCGCCAAAGUGCGGACUUCCUUCGAUUUGAGCAAAGUUCAUGAAAAGUCUGUAGAAGAAAUCGUUGCGGCGGAUGUUCAUUCAGAUAUUACCUGCUCCCUUCCAGGCAAAACAUCCGAGCAGCUCCUCGCACCUGUUGAACAAGAUCUUCCCUCUUUUGGCGUCGCGCAGGCCCCUCACUUUGCAAAUCGAUCAGGUUUGCCCAUUAGCAUCGACAUUAAGCAUUUCAUUGCAAACAAAGAAUCGUCAAGUUGCAUGCCAGAGUUUGACAGGUUUUUCGAAGAAUUGGAACUGACGGAAUCUUGUAAAAGAAUUCCUAAGAAUAAGAUUCAUCCGAAGAACGUAGUCGCGUCUACGAAACGCAGUGUUAAAACUGAAGACUGGAAAGUGCUAGCGACCCUCGUGGAAUCUCCGAAGUCGAUUGUUCGUACGGUAGGAUCGGACGAAGGUAGGGUCGGACGGAUCAGUCACGAGGACAUUCGUGGCCCGUUAAAUCGCAAAUUUCAAGUUGGCAAGAACGAAGAAGACAUUGUCACAAGUUCGCAGAAAGGUCUGCCCAGUACUUCUCCAAGAGAGAAGGAGGUUUCAUGUAAGCAGGUUUCCAAGAGAAACAUUUCAGAUCCUUCGACCUUUGAGCCAAAUCAUUAAUGAUCUGUUCGACUUGGAACAUUAGUCUUGUGCGUCUCCCUAUCCCCGAUGUAGUUGUACUUUUUCUGUUACAGGAUUAUUUCCCUAUGAGUCUCUCAAGAUGA